AGACUGGUGUUUGAUUUUGCUGGUGGCCUUGCCGAGGCAGCGUGAGGUGUAGAUGGAGUCAAUGGAAGGGAGGUUGGUUUGCGUGAUGGUCUGGGCUGUGUCCACAACUCUCUACGACAUCUUGCGAUCCUGGAUGGAGCUGUUCCAAAACCAGUCCAUGAUGCAUCCCGACACAAUGCUUUCUUACGUCGCUCCUGUAGAAGUUGGUGAGAGCUGAUGGGAGCAUGACCAACUUCUUAAGCCUUCCAAGGAAGUAGUGUGCUUUCUUUCCCAUUGCCCCAAUAUAGAUGGUCCAGGAAAAGUUGCUGGGGAUAGUUACUCCUAGUUAAUUCGAAAUUUCCAAACUCGAGCUGCUGAAAGGCGCUACAGAGACGCAAGUCUCUCUUUGUUUUUACGUGAGUGUAUAUUAGCCGGAAUACGGUAGCAUAGGCUUGGACUCUGAUAAUGUGAGUGCCUCCGACAGUAACAUGGCGAAGGCUGUUCUUUUUCCCAGUUCACCUCCCCAGUGCUGGUAUCUGUAACCGAGGGCAUUUGCAAACGGCCGGGGGAAUAAAGGGAACUGCAAUCCAGGGGAAUUAAUACACACACACAGUCACAAACCAAGGAAGCUGGGGUGCAGCAGUCUCCAUGAAUGUAUGUCACAAUGAUGAUGGCAGACCAGAUACCCUUGGAACUCCCUCCUUUGUUGAACGGAGAUGUCCCCAUGAUUCCUCACCUGGUCAACGGGGACGGGUCGCAACAGGUCAUUCUGGUUCAGGUUAACCCUGGAGAAACCUUCACCAUCAGGGCAGAAGAUGGGUCCCUGCAGUGCAUCCAAGGUCCAGCAGAGGUGCCCAUGAUGUCUCCAAACGGAUCCAUCCCCCCCAUCCACGUCCCACCAGGUUACAUCUCACAGGUGAUAGAGGACACCACGGGAGUGCGGCGAGUAGUGGUGACUCCCCAGUCUCCGGAGUGCUUCCCCCAGAGCUACCCGUCGGCGAUGUCUCCGAGCCCCCACCUGCCCCCGUACAUCACGCACCACCCGCACCUCAUCCCCCACUCGCACACUGCCUACUACCCGCCGGUGACGGGGCCCGGAGACCUCCCCCCACCCUUCUACCAGCACCACCUCCCGCCCACCAUCUACGGGGAGCAAGAGUUUAUCCCUCUCUAUGGGAUGUCCAGUUACAUCUCCAGGGAAGACCAGUACAGCAAACAUGACCGCCUGCACAAGAAGCUGAAGACCGAGAGCCGGCAGAACCGCUUGAACAGCCCGCCCACCGCCAUCUACAAGAGCCACAUGACUUCCUGUACCACCAUCUACAAUGGCUACGGCAAGGGGCCGUGCGUGGCGGGGAUGCCGGGGGUAGGGGGUGGCGGUGGCGGCUGCCUCAAGAAGCCGGAGAGGAGAGCCAGGAGCAGCCCCAAGAUCAACGAGCAGGAGAUCCAAGAUUAUGACUCGGAAACAAAGCGAGUUCAAGACAUUCUUUCAUCAAUGGGCAAGCCACAGGUGUCCAACGUGCAGGCCAGGGCAGCGCUGCUGAGCUGGGCCCCCCCUGUGGGUCUGACCAACGGGGACAAGCACACCAACGGCUUGCCCUCCACCUGCAACUAUGAGGUGGCCUCGUCAGACAAGGGCAAGGACGGCAAGUACAAGAUUAUAUACAGUGGCGAGGAUUUGGAAUGCAGCCUCACUGACUUACGGCCGACAACAGACUACCACAUCAGAGUUUCCACCGUCUACAACUCGGUGAAGGGGUCGUAUUCGGAGCCGGUCAGUUUCACCACACAGAGCUGUGCCCCCGACACCCCAUUCCCCCCAAAGGUGGCGCAUCGCACCAGAAGCACCCUCACCAUUCAGUGGAAGGCACCUCUUGACAACGGAUCAAAAAUAACCAGCUACCUUCUGGAGUGGGACGAGGGCAAACGGAACAACGGGUUUCGGGAAUGUUUCCUGGGCAGCCAGCGGCAGUGUAAACUCACCAAGCUCCUACCCGCCAUCGGCUACACCUUCCGAUUAGCAGUCUGCAAUGACAUCGGGACCAGCGGCUACAGCCAGGAAGUGGUGUGUUACACAGCGGGGAACCUUCCCCAGACCCCGGCAGCCCCCCGCCUGGUGCGAGCGGGGGUGACCUGGGUAACGCUGGAGUGGUGCCGGCCGGAGAGCUCGUUGCCCGAGGAGAUCAUCAGCUACACACUGGAGAUGGAGGACAACAGCACGGUAUCUGGUUUCCAGUCGAAGUACACGGGCGAGGAGCUGACCAACACGGUGAAGUCGUUGACCAGGAACACCCAGUACAAGUUCAGGCUGAUAGCUUGCAACGCAGAAGGCAAGAGCAAUCCCAGCGAGGUGCUGGUGUGCAUCACCAACCCCGACCAGCCCGGACCCCCCUCCGCACCUUACCUCAUCGGGACCCCGACCUCCCACAGCCUCCACCUGAAGUGGGACUCCCCAGAGGACAAUGGUGGAUCGGAAAUUCUCAAGUAUUUGCUGGAGAUUUCAGAGGGCAGUUCGGAGGGCAGUCAGUGGGAGGUGGUGUACAGCGGAGCGUCCAACGAGAACGUGUGCGAGGACCUGAAGCCGGGCACCGCGUAUCGGUUCAGGACGUGUUGUAUCAGUACGGGCGGUCACAGCCAGUGCUCAGGUAGUCUGUCUGUCCGCACACAGAGUAUGGCCCCCGGACUCUGCCAACCUCCCCGGCUGCUCGGCAAACCCAAUCACAAGGAGCUUCACAUCGAGUGGGGUGCCCCGCAGGGUGAGGCCAGUGGGGUGAGUGAGUACAGUGUGGAGAUGAGUGGCGAGGGUCUGGAGCCGCUGGAGGUGUACUGCGGCUCCGAGCUCCAGUGCUCCGUCAGCUGCCUCGUGCCGGGAACCACCUACAGGUUCAGGGUGAGGGGUGCCAGUGACGCAGGGUACGGAUCCUAUUCGGAAGUGACGGACCUCACCACGGCAGAAGGGCCACCAGUACAGUGUAAAGCACCCACCCUCUCCUGCACAUCGAUCACCAGUGUACUUGUGAGCUGGGAGAACCCAGACAGCAGUGGCCCUGACAUCUCGGAGUACCGGCUAGAAUGGGGAGAGACGGAGGACUCGAUGGAGCUCGUCUACAGUGGCAUGGAGACAUCCUUCGAGAUCCACAACCUCGCCCCGGCCACCCAGUACUGCUGCCGGCUGCAGGCCACUAACCAGGUGGGCAGUGGAGCCUACAGCAGCCUGGUCGCCCACUCUACGCCAGCCUCCGUUCCUGCCGCAGUCACCAACGUCUACGUCCUGGAGGAGCAGCAUCUGGAGCCCGGCCUGACCUCCACCGGCCUCGCCCUCAAGUGGGACGAGCCGCCCAGCAACGGCUCCGACAUCCUCUCCUACAACAUCGAUCUCGGGGACAGCCAGCUCACCGUGGACAACGUCACAGCCUACGUCAUACGCCACCUCCUGCCAGACACCUCCUACAGGAUCAGGAUCCAGGCGGUGAAUGGGAUGGGGGCCGGACCCUACAGCCUGAUGGUGAAGACCACCACGCAGCCCCUGCCCCCUGAGCCCCCGCGCCUCGAGUGCACCGCCUCGGGACCACAGAGCUUGCGGCUGCGGUGGGGAGAGGCUGCGGGGACCAAGGCCGCGCUGACCACCGACUCUGACACCAUCUACACCCUGCAGAUGGCCGAACCCAGCGGCAGGUUUGUGACGAUGUACAGGGGACCCAGCCACACCUACAAGGUGCAGCGACUGAAGGAGUCCAGCUGCUACAGCUUCUGCAUCCAGGCGCUGAGCGAGGCUGGCGAGGGAGCAUUCUCCGAGGUUUACCUCUUCAACACCACCAAGUCCCUGCCCCCCGCAGUCAAAGCACCCCGCGUCACGCAGCUGGAAGGAAGGACGUGCGAGGUGUCGUGGGAGGCGAUCCCACCCAUGAGGGGCGACUCCAUCGGUUACAUCCUGCAGGUCACUGUCGGACGCGAGCUGGACUACAAACAGGUGUACAAGGGCGAGGAGACAUCAUUCCAGAUCUCCGGCCUCCAAGCCAACACAGACUACCGUUUCCGGGUCUCAUGCUGCCGCCACUGCCGGGACACGUCCCACGAGCUGACCGGACCCUUUAGCCCCUCGGCCAUCUUCACGCUGCGGAGGAAGGAGAGCCCACCCGCCAGUGAGCUGCGGACUGUGGAAGCGGCUCAGAUGCGCGGGGUGCUGGCCAGUGACGAGCAGUUUGCUGCCCUCAUCCUGGCCGGCUUUGCCAGCCUCUCCAUCUUCAUCGCCUUUAUCCUGCAAUACUUCAUCGUAAAGUGAUGGAGGAGCAAUCCAAAAACUCCCACUCACAAUUCUUGAGGUAUAAACUUAGCUGAUACUAGUGCCAGCCCAACUCAUUUAUAUCUUCCAUUUCUUGACUCGCUAUUAAUCCACCUUUUAUUUUCCAAUUUUGUUAUCGAUUUUUUUGUUGAUGUUUCGUUUUGUUGACCUUCCUCCCUCCCUCCCUCCCUCCAGCCGAGUCCCAGUGCAGGCACCAAAGUCAUUCCUCUCAAACCUUCUCCAGAGCGGGCUAAGGAGCAUACAAUGGCCCAUCCAGACUGGUGGUUGCCCCCUGCUGCCCAACGCCUUGUGCCCUCUGCCCCAUCUCUAUGGGGUAAGUUGAGGUUCUCCUCUGCCUUCCUCGUGGGGUAAGGUCCCCUUUGCCCCCAUCUGGGGUAAGAUGGAAUUCCUCUUCUUCCCUCGGGCAAGGUGCAGAUCCCUUCUUUCUCCUUUGGGGAAAGAUGGAGAUUCCCUUUGCUUCUCCCUGGGGUAAAAUGGGGGACCUCUUUGCCCAUCUCUUUGGUAAAUUAAGGGUUCACUUUGCCCCUCUCUGGAGUAAGGUGGAGAUCCCUUUGGAGUAAGAUGGAGGUUUGUUCUACCUCUCUCUGGGAUAAGGUGGCCCUUUCUCCCUCCCCUUUGGUGAGAUGAGGGUCAUGAGCAAGGUGUGACCAGUUCAUCUCACAGCCUCUACUUGUAUGGUCUUUGUGUUUUUUUUAUACGUACACAUAUAAAUAUAUUACAAAUAUAUAUAUUUUUGAGUAAAGCCUCCACAUCGGGAGGAGGUCCAUACAGGAGAGGACAAGCCCUGAAUAUCUCUACACUGAAGGGAAAGGCAGGGGCCACUGUACAAAAGGGUUGGAGGGUGUAGAGAGAUGGUGAGUGGAGGGACCAUGGUGGUUGGGAGGCAGUCUCCCCAACAUCUCCCAUUUGGAAACCGAGUUGCUCCAUGGCUAGUGCCCAGCCCGUCCCACCACCCGCAACUCACGUGGUGUUCACUUUGCCAAAGAGGCGAGGAAACACUUUGAGUGUGGUUGCAUGAGUUGGGAUGAGAUGGAUGAGGAGAUGGAGGGGGAGGAGGGUGGGUGAGGGGCGUUGACAGAAUGUGGGGUGGUCUCUCUCCGCGAACCCCAACCUCGUCCUUCUCCUCACCCAUGGUCAUCUCAAGUCUACAAGCCAAACGGUGAAGCCCCCACUCCAGACACUGUGUGGGAUACUGCCAUUGAGCUUCAAACUGCCUCAUAAUGACACGUAGUCCAAAUGGGAACCUGGUGCUGCUCGCCUUCCAGGUACCCUCUCCCCACCCCUCCCUUCCUAUGCACACCUUCACCCCUAUCCCCCCACCCUACCUCCAUCACUCUCCCCUCCACCCUUUGGAGAUCCAGCCAGCCACUGCCAGGUGUCCACCCUGUCUCUGAAUGAGGGUGGCAGAUUGUGUGUGGGGGG